CGUAUUUUUCAUCAUCGCGUUCAAGUCUGAGCCUCGAUUGUUCAGCAUGCAUUUGGUCACAUUCCCACUCAUAUCGCUGCUCUUCAGUCUCGCGAGCUCAUUUUCAAUUCCCAACUUUAUUCAGGAACAUCUUUUGAGCGCCAGAAGCGAAUCCUCUCCAAAUCCAAUUGCCACACAAUAUCCAAACAAUGUUACUGGCACGAUCAAUGGGACAAUUGCCGUUGUACCUAUUCCUUACAAGCUGGCCAGGAGCAUCAUUCCAGCUCAAUAUAAUAUUUUGAGAAAGGCGUAUGAGUGUCAAUUGUUUGGGUUCCCCCGUGAUAGCUACCCGCUUAUUGUUCGAGCCGGUUUUGAUCAUGGCGUCGGAUUGUUUUCUUUAGGCCUCUCUGUGCCCGAUUUUCAGAAAUUAAUGAUAUUUUAUCCCUUCGUGGAUUUACUUGGAGACGGAUACUCGAGUUUUGCGUAUGAAAAAUAUAUUCUGAUCUCAAGUGACAAUCUCGUUGCACUGGGAGGGGCCGCAUCGUAUGGCCAAAUACCUGUGCCAACCAACUUCACCCCUUCACUUGAUGCUUACGCAUUCAAGAGUGCUGAUAUGGUGGAUAAAGGAUCCCAGGAAAUAUUCUUGGAUGCCUACACCGAUUUGAGCAGUAUUCAUCCAGUUGUCACGACAAAGUUCAAGCCAACUCGGGGCAUCGCCCCAUGGCCUCUUGAUUUCUACGUUAAUAUAACAAAUCAACCGAGUUUCACAGACGGUCUAUCGUGUGAUAAUCAGCUCAAUCUUUUCAACACCACCCUGUCCACCGGGAAGAAUGCUCCUGUUGCGGUGAGAGGAGAGAUCAUGGUGAAAGCACCUUAUAUCCCAACCGAUAGUACAUUCAGAGACCUCCACGGUAUCAAAGUCGAUAUCGCAUUCAUCGAGAACAAUCAGGUUCCGUGCUCGCAAUUGAAGGGGUAUAGCGGAACGGGAUCUGGGGAUUGAUAUUCGUCACCUGAGUUGAGGUCCUCCGAGCGGACUCUAAUGUCCAAGAGUCAAGACCAUAGCCCUAUCAUGUACUGUACAUGCCUCCCCGAACUCGGCUACAG